AUGCUAGAUCCUGAGGGCAGUGUGGAGCACCAGCCUUCCUCUUCCUUCCCCAAAGUUUUCCUCAUCCCUCUAGCCAUGCUCCUUGCAAUUGCAGCACUCCUGCUCUUAGCCUUUUCCGCUACGCAGCAGAAAGAGCCUGAUUUUUACACUUUCAAAGUUGUAAACAUCAGGGGCAAACUAGUCUCUCUGGAGAAGUACAGGGGCUCGGUGUCGCUAGUUGUCAACGUUGCGAGUGAGUGUGGCUAUACAGAUAGCCACUACAAGGCCUUACAACAGUUACAGAGAGACCUCGGCCCAUAUCAUUUCAAUGUGCUGGCGUUCCCAUGCAAUCAGUUUGGGCAGCAAGAACCAGACACUAACAAAGAAAUCGAGAGUUUUGCGCGGAAGACUUAUGGUGCCUCCUUUCCCAUGUUCAGCAAAAUUGCAGUCAGCGGAGCCGGUGCAAUUCCUGCCUUCAAGUACUUAAUUGAUUCUACAGGAGAAGAACCAACCUGGAACUUCUGGAAAUACCUGGUGGACCCCAAUGGGAAAGUAGUAAAGGCCUGGGACUCCACUGUCUCUGUUGAAGAAAUAAGACCUUAUGUUACAGAACUCGUAAGGAAAAUCAUCCUGAAGAAGAAAGAUGAAUUAUGA